GAACCACGUUGCUUGUUGCAUGUGACUGCCGAAGACGAGUACGCAUGUCAUGAUAGCAAAAUCCGCGAUGAGGAAUCAGAACUGCACAAGUUCAUGAUCAGUGUCGCCAUGAAGGAUCAACUGCAAGUUCCGUCUCCUAGGCGAUUUUAUGUUAUCUUGCGAUACAUGCUGGUUGCACUGAUCUCUCUGUCUGUCAUUGGACUUCUGUCUUCAGCUGUAGUCCUCAUUGUUAUUUCUAAGCCGUGUCCCAACACUAAAUGGUGGCAGAAUACUUUAAUCUAUCAACUCUAUCCGCGUUCUUUUAAAGACAGCAACGGUGAUGGAAUUGGUGAUUUAGUGGGCAUAAAGUCUAAACUAGACUACUUUAAGUACCUUCACGUUGAUGCCAUCUGGAUAAAUCCCAUUUUCUCGUCUCCCAUGAGAGACUUCGGCUAUGACAUAUCUGACUACAAAAACAUUGAUCCUAUAUUUGGCACUCUAACUGACUUUGAUGACCUUUUAAAAGAUGCACAUGAAAAAGGUUUGAAAAUUAUUCUUGACUUUGUUCCAAAUCACACAUCAGACAAGCAUCCUUGGUUUAUGGAAAGCAGAAAGAAUCGUUACAACCCGAAACGAGAUUGGUAUGUUUGGGCAGAUGGAAUAAAUGGUGAACCUCCCAAUAACUGGCAAAGUGUAUUUGGUGGAAGUGCAUGGCAGUAUGAUAAUAUAACAGAUCAGUACUAUCUUCAUCAGUUUCUUUCACAGCAGCCAGACUUAAAUUAUCGAAAUGAAGACGUUAGAGAUGCAAUGAAGAGUGUUUUGGUAUUUUGGCUGGAAAAGGGAGUUGAUGGUUUUCGAAUUGAUGCUAUAAAGUUCCUAUUAGAGGAUGUACACCUUCGAAGCGAGAUGUGUCUGAUACAUGAACAGGAAUGUCCAUGUCAUAGUCUGAGCUAUGAACAGCUGAAUCAUACCUAUACUGAAAACAUUGCAGGGAUUCAUGAUAUAGUAAAAGAGUGGAAAAAAGUAAUUAACUCAUAUUCUAAUCAGGGGUCCCUGAGGUUCAUGGUUGGUGAGAUUUAUGAUGAUGAUAUCUCUACUAUAAUGAGCUACUAUGGAUCUCCUAAUGAUAUGGAUGAAUGUGACUUCCCAUUUAAUUUUCUACUAGUUGAUUUGCCAUUGAAAGAAUGGACAGGGACAGGAGUUAAUGAUACAGUAGCAAAGUGGCUAGAUGCAUCCCCAAAUGGAGCAUGGCCAAACUGGGUGGUGGGAAAUCACGAUAACCCUCGAAUAGCAAGCAAACUGGGAAUACAGAACUCUGCUUUAGUUAUGAUGUUGCUCUUGACUCUUCCUGGAACUCCCACAACAUAUUAUGGUGAUGAGCUGGGAAUGACAGAUGUGUUUGUCCCAUUCAAUGCUACCAAGGAUCAAAUGAGCAUUGGAAAUGCAACUCGAGAUCCUGAGCGCAGUCCUAUGCAGUGGGACAAUUCGUUACAUGCAGGGUUUACCAGUGGCUGCUGCCCGUGGCUACCAGUUGGUAACUUUACAACAGUCAAUGUUCAUGUAGCCAAAGCUGAACGGGAUUCUGUACUGAAUGUUUACAGAAGUUUAGCCUUGUUACGUUCUAAUGUAUCAGCUCUUCAAGGUAUCAGCUAUACUCCCAUCUAUGCAGAUACCAGUGUGUACAUUUUUCAACGAGGAGACAAUUCUGAUAUUCUGAAGGUGGUUGUUGCUCUGAAUUUUGGCAAUGAAUUUGUCACAGAAGUUUGGCAACACGUGACAUUCGCUCCGCAUGGAGUAGUAAUGUUAUCAACCAGGAUGGACAGGAAUGGUCAAAAUAUAUCAAGAGCAAACAGUGAGUUGCAUGCUGGUGAAGGUGUAGUUGUGCAGAUUGGACAUACGUAACACUGAAUUUUCAGUGGUCUUACUAGUUUGAAGUACAAAAGUUUUUUGUUGACUCUAUUGUGUAUAUUUGAUCUUCUCUUACACACCUACCUUAAAUUUCUCCGUUGGUUACUCAUACAACUGUACAUCAUUUAUAUAAUUAAUUA